GGCGUGCCCUGCUGCCUGGAUUAACCCUGUGUGUGUGUGAGGAGGCUGGCCUGCUGGCUGUUCAGUGACUGGGAGGCCGCUCAGUGCUGCAGCUGCCGCCGCUCCGGACACAUCUCUUCCCCGGACGGACUCUGGAGGCUUCUAUCGAGGAGACAAAGUGACGUCUCCAGGGCUGCUCGAUACUAUCCUGCGACAUAGUUGUCUCUGAGGAACCUUCACCCUCUGUUGAGCCAGCAUUGGACAUGGCCACACAGGUUCAGGAAAGGAGCCUGUUGUGACAAGUUGACUGCACACAUACAAGUCCAAGUAACUCAGUCUUCAGCUAAAAAUGAUCAUUGAUGUAUAAUGGAAGCUCCGGAGUACCUCGAUUUAGAUGAGAUUGAUUUCAGUGAUGAUAUAUCUUAUUCCAUAACAUCCCUGAAGACAAUUCCAGAACUAUGCCGAAGAUGUGAUGUCCAGAACGAUGAUAGAUCAGUGGCCAAUGCAAACUGGAACUGCGGAGUGUCUACUCUUAUUGGCAACACACAAAAGCCGACAGGUAUCGCAGAUGUCUACAGUAAAUUCCGACCCGUUAAAAGGGUUUCUCCAUUGAAGCAUCAACCAGAGAGUCCAAAACUAAAUGAAAGUGAUGAUCAAAAAGAAGAAAAGGAAGAAAAUGAGAAAAAUGGUGAACCGGGAAAAGAUGGUGUCCCUGGAGAUGACAAUGGAUUUAAGUGUAAGAGCAUCGAGUCGAAUGGAUUGCUUGGCGAGUUAGAACAUUAUGACCUAGAUAUGGAUGAGAUUUUGGAUGUGCCUUACAUUAAAUCCAAUCAACCAUUGACUCUCUUUACCAAAGUAGCAUCGGAAAAAAGGACCUCAAGCAUACAUCCAUUGUCCAAGGGUAAAAAUGGUCCUAUGGGCACCCUAGAGAACAUAACGCCCAAUGCCACUCAGUUUUGUAUAUUGUCUCCGGUUAAAAACUCAACUCAGUCUACCAUCCUUGAUCAAAGCAGGAAUUCAUCUGGGGGAUUAGACCUUUCACAGUCUAACAUUCAGUGCAGCUCAGUCCAUGAAGCUGAAUACCAUAACAAGAGCUUUCUGAAUAGAACUCUGUCUGAUUCCCAUGCACAGAAGCUUGAAAAGACCAUGCCUAACUGCCAGCUCCGGGCAUUUCACCUGCCGGGGACAGACUCUCAACUGGAUGGCAUAAACGGUAAUGCAAACUGGAAUCACUCUGAAUCGGAAGACAUGAAAAAGAUCAAAAGCAUUUUAAAUAUUGUUAAAGAAGGACAGAUAUCCUUACUGCCUCACAUUGCUGUAGAUAAUUUAGACAAAAUCCAUGAUGAAAGUGGAAACAAUCUUCUGCACAUUGCAGCAUCCUAUGGACAUGCCGAGUGUUUACAACAUCUCACCUCACUUAUGGGGGAGGACUGCUUAAGUGAAAGGAAUGAAGAAAAGCUGACGCCUGCUGGAUUGGCAAUAAAGAUGGGUCAACUGGAGUGCGUACGGUGGAUGGUUAGUGAAACUGAAGCUAUUGCUGAGCUAAGUUGUUCUAAGGACCACCCUAGCCUUAUCCAUUAUGCAGCCAGCUAUGGUCAGGAAAAAAUACUUUUGUGGCUUCUUCAAUUUAUGCAAGAGCAAGGGAUUUCUUUGGAUGAAACGGACAAAUGUGGAAACAGUGCAGUUAAUAUAGCGUCUCAGAAUGGAUAUCUGGGUUGUGUGCAGACAUUAGUUGAAUAUGGAGCAAAUGUCACCAUUCAGAAUCAUGCUGGAGAGAAACCAUCUCAAAGUGCUGAGCAUCAAGGCCAUAGCAUGUGCGCCCGAUACUUAGUGGUGGUGGAGACCUGCAUGUCAUUGGCAUCACAAGUUGUCAAGCUCACCAAGCAACUUAAAGAGCAGACGGCAGAGCGGAUCAGUUUACAGACGCAUCUCCAACAGCUACUGGAAGCCCAGAGGUCUCUGCCAACAUCCUCCAGUUCCCCAUCAUCCCCUGCUUCAGGGAGUCCCCAGCGGAAGACACUUGAAUUUGAGGAUCUUACACAGAAAAAUAAACUUAACGGCAUCCAUGAGAGCUAUCCAUUACUAAGCACAUCAGCUCCCAGCAGACUUAGGUGUAGAGCGCUAGAUGAAGAGUCUGAUAAGAUUUUGCGACAGUUAUUAGGAAAAGACUUGGCAGACAAUGUUACCAGUCCUGAAAAAUUGUCACUGGAAUUCCAAGAUGGGACAUCAUCCAAGAGUGGUAAACGGAUCCCUCUGGAAAAAAGAGAGUUCAAGCUUGCCCGAUUACGGCAACUGAUGCAAAGGUCUCUUAGUGAGUCCGAUACAGACUCCAACAACUCAGAGGAUCAAAAGCAUACACCCAUUAGAAAAGCUGAUAAGCCAAGGCCACAGCCUAUAGUAGAAAAUGUGGAAAAUUCUGAAGCUCUUCAGCUGAUGAUAAAAAAGCAUACACAGUCAAACACUGCAGGAAGACGGUUUGUUUUGGGGUUAAAAUCUAAAUCUGUGGAUGGCCAUAGUCCAUCACCAACAUCUGAAAGUAGUGACCCUGACUAUGAACCUCAGUACCAAACAGGGAGCAUACCUCAGUCUUCAGGUUCCACAGACUUUACAAGUUCUUCUGCACAAAAAGCAACAAGCCCUAAAAGUGCUUUAAAAUCUCCUUCUUCAAAACGCAGGACUUCACAAAAUCUAAAACUCAGGGUGACCUUUGAGGACCCAAUUGUUCAAGUGGAACAGACUGAGGUAGAUCUAAAUGAAGGUAAAGACAAAGAUGGUGGAAAGACUCAGAAGUCCCAAUCUAAUGGUGAAGUUGGGGAACAACAUAAAAAACCAUUUGGUGCUUUUCGAUCCAUUAUGGAGACUUUUAGUGGAAACCAGAACAACAACAAUAAUACUCAGUCUGGAAAUCCCGUCAAAACAUCGUCGUCUUCAUCUUCGCUGUCAUUUUCCUCAUUAAGCAGAAAAUCAGGAGACACAAAGGCAUCACCUUCAAGCCAUUCAAAGGGGAAAAGCAAAAAUGAACCUUGCACCUGCUCUGCCAAAAUGUCCUCAAUGGCAUUGCUUGAGGACCUUCUUCCUAAUCAUGCAUGGCCUAAAUCAGUCGGUGGAUCAAUGAAGAUUUUGUUCAGUGACAUACAUCCUGAAGAACAUGACAUUCAAGAAUUUUUCUUAUGAGUCUGACUUAAGAUGUCCAGCAUAAAAUCUGCAGCAGCACCAGUGAAGGCCAUUGAUCCCCUGUGGCCUUUUAUCUUCCAUGUCUUUUGUUUUGAUGCACAGAUAUGGGUUUUUCACAGUGUGGGUACUGUUUAACUGUAGAGAUUUUUUUUCAUAUGGACUAUGGAUUGCAUGGACAAUGUCUUGGUUUUUGCUCUGAUUGUAAAAGUUACAUUUUGUUCUACUGUUUUCAUCAACUUUCUAUUUAGUUACUGUAUAUGAUAUUUAUUACUGACAACAGGUUCAUCCCAUUGUUUCCGAUUUUACCAAAUCAUUUGACCUUUAUUAGGCUGGUUUUAAACACGUUUUUUUUUAUGGUAGUUUCCUUUUUUUGUGUUUAUGUAGCCAGAUGUAUACAUACUUCAUACACUGCAUUUGUUUGUUUUUUAUGGAUCAGUGACAUUUGUUUAUUAAAUGCAGCAAACUCUGGGUAUGGCAUCUUUUCAGGCAUUUUUCCUUCUAAAGGACUUGAAAAACCUUAAAAAAUGCAUAUACAAAGUAACACUAAAUAAAAACGUCCUUAAAAAAAUACAAAAAAAAUCAUAUAAAAUCCAAUACAUUUUUUAAAAAAAUGUUGGUUUGCCAGAAAACAACACUAUGUAAAGGAGCCCUUAUUCUUCUUUUUAGGUGGGUUUUGCAAAAUUGUGUCCAAAUUGGUCAAUUAUUAUACCUUUAUUCUGAGUUAUAUGGUAUGUGCCCUAAAAUGCAAAAUGUUUAGAGGUUCUUGGAAUAAGCAUCCAUGUCACUAGGAAGUACAACCUCUGCUGCACAAUGCUGAGACGACAGCAGUAGUUUUCCAAAUCACACCACAUCCUCCCUUCAUUUCUGUUUAUUGUUAGAGAUCUCCCUGCACCCUUAAAGGGGUACUCCUUUGCUCAGCGUUUGGAACAAAAUGUUCCGAACGCUUAGAGCCGGCUUAGAGCCGUGACAUCAUAGCCCUCAUGAUGUCACGGCCCGCCCCCUCAAUGCAAGUCUAUGGUAGGGGGCGUGACAGCUGUCACGUCCCCUCCCAUAGAUUUGCAUUGAGGGGGUGGGGUGUGACAUCAUGAGGGGGCAGGGCUAUGACGUCAAGAGCACCCGAUGCCGGCUCUAAGCAUUCGGAGCAUUUUAUUCCAUAUGCUGAGCAGCAGAGUACCCCUUUAAAGCUUCCUUCAUUCUUUACAAGUCAAAUUUCCUAGUGGAAGAGUUCUUAUAAGUAAAUAGCUCAGUGAGACAGAAAUUCAUAAGCCUUUCCAAAGUAUGAAGGCUACAGGAAGGUAAACAGCAUAAAUUGUGCAAUAUUUAAAUUUAAAAUUCUAAAUCUUAUGUCAAGGCUUUGGCUAUACAGGGGUUAGAUACAGAGGUGAGAUUACCCAUAACCCCCUGAACUACACAUACAUGAAGUUUCAGAACACUGAAAAAUGGUGGGAAGAAGUUAUAACAUUGAGGUCAUCUGGACAGAUUCACAACAAUACAUUAAAUAAUUAUUUACAAAUGAUGAUGUUCCCAGGAUCCUAUUCCUUACCAUUCUUUAUUCAAAAACAAUCCAAACAUUCCUAAUAUUAGAUUCCAGAGUAGUACAUGACAUGAGGCUUAUAUACAAUGCAUUUUUUUUCUUUCUUUUCCCAUAAUAUUUUGUAUGUAAUUUUUAAUGGUAAAAGUAACCUCAAGUGACUUUGACAGCCGUAUCAUUUGAAAAACCUGGAUAUUUCGCUUUUUCUUGGAUAAUGUCCUAAAUGCUAACAACAUCCAGUUUUAUCAGAGAAUAUCAUGUACUUAAUAGUAAUUUAUGUCUUUCACCCUUUAAAGUUAAAAGCAGAGAUAAAUCACUGUGACAAAUUGGACUGCACAAAAUUAACAUUAGAAUUUUCUUCUAGAGCAUGACCGGUAAUUCUAAUGGAAAGAAGAUGCUUUAAUAAAUAGGACUUUGUAGAGCCAUGGCUGUUGUGUUCACCAGACUGUUAGGAUACAUGUUUUCCUUUUGUGCUGUAAUCGGGUAUGUCACACAGUUUCCUCUAUAUCCUACAAUUUUAAUGUCAUUUGCAGACAAAAGGCCAAAAUGGAUAUCUCCAGAGUAGACAUCGACCAACUUUAGUGCCACAAGUUAUCUGUGAGACUCCCAUUAACUGUUAAAGGGGUACUCCACUGCCCCAGUGUUGGGAACAUUUUGUUCCCAGCGCUUGGAGCGGGUGGCAGGGGUCGUGAUGUCAUUCCCACGCCUCUCGUGAUGUCACGCCACGCCCCCUCAAUGCAAGUCUAUGGGAGGGAGCGUGGGGACCAACACACCCCGUCCCACAGACUUACAUUGAGGGGGUGUGGUGUGACAUCACAAGGGGCAUGGUCAUGAUGUACAACCCCCGCCACUCGCACCCAGCAUUCUAAAUAAACUUCAGGUGCUGCACAGAGAUCAUAGUGGUUCCAGCUGCGGGACUCCAGUGAUCAGACAUCUUAUCCCCUAUCCUUUGGAUAGGGGAUAAGAUGUCUAGGUACGGAGUAUCACUUUAAAGGGAACCUGUUGAGGUGGCCAUACACAUUAUCUAAGGGUAGGUUGAUGGCGGAGUAGCUGUUGAAAAACGAUUAUCUGAUAAACCAUCUUUUCACAGACACAGCUGUACUCAUUUUAGUUCAUAUUCAUAGGUAAAGUUAUUCAAACUGGCCAUACAUGAUCAAUAACACCGGUGAAGGGUAAAUAAUCUUUAAGUGAUCUUUUGUCCGUCACCUGAAAAUUCAAACAUGGCUAACUUUUUUUUAGGCAAUAACAGACUGUCAUUGGUCGGCUAAAACAAUCAUUCCUUGUUAAAUUUAAAGGGGUAUUCCAGGAAAAAACUUUAUACAUAUAUGGCUCUAGAAAGUUAAACAGAUUUGUAAAUUACUUCUAUUAAAAAAUCUUAAUCCUUUCCAAUAAUUAUCAGCUGCGGAAGUUGAGUUGUUCUUUUCUGUCUGGCAACAGUGCUCUCUGCUGACAUGUCUGCUUGUCUCGGGAACUGCACAGAGUAGAAGAGGUUUGCUAUGGGGAUUUGCUUCUACGCUGAGCAGUUCCCAAGACAGUGUCAUCAGAGAGCACUUAGACAGAAAAGAACAACUCAACUUCAGAAGCUCAUAAGUACUGAAAGGCUUAAGAUUUUUAAUAGAAGUAAUUUACAAAUUUGUUUAACUUUCUAGAGCCAGUUGAUAUAUAAAAAAAAGUUUUUUCCUGGAUAACCCUUUUAACUCAAUUAACAAUUGUUUUGAUAAAAAUAAUUUUUUUCAUCAGCUUUAAUCUAAGGUGUAUGGACAUUUUUUGGAGUUUCAUACUGUCUGAACCAAGGGCAGCAUGAAAUAUAAGAACAGUCUCUGUUGUUACAACAAACUAUGAUAUAGUUAAAUGAAUGCCGAGUUUUAGUGGAGUCCUAGUUUUAAAACCAGUUAGGAACAGGGCUUCCUGUCUUCAAGGCAGUCUCCGACUUCUCCUUACCAGCUUUGUGCCUAUGUCUGCAGUUCUAAGCAUAAUAUAGAGUUGACAUAUUCCCUUGAAAGUAAUGAACGAAAUGCCACCAUGUGCACUUGUAUGACUACAUGUUUUCAUCUCUGCACUCUGUCACAUUAUGCCCCUACAGUUCCCAUGACAAAUCUAGUCUCUACAGACAGAAGACACAUCGGGACAAACAUGGAUUUGCUUAGUGUUUCUAGGGAUAGGCUCCUAUUCUAGUUGUCAAAUGCCCUAUUACUUUAUGGACAGUGUAGAAUUAUAUAGGGAGUGCAACAAUUCCUAAUCUGGCUUUGCUUGGAUUGAACAUCCAUUGUACAUGAUGGCUUUAAAGGAUAUCUGCAUGAUCAAGCCUUUGUCUCCUUUCCAUAUUAUGGAUUGUUCUUUAAUGCAUUAUGUGGCACUACAUAUAAUGUUUCCAUUACCAAUUUAUUUAAAAACAUACUUUAGCUAUAUUAUUGUAGGUAAAGUUUUAACUACUCAACUUUCUGGAAAUAUCAAGUCUAAUUAUAGCACACAAACUAUACUUUAUCACUUGGUCUUUGUACAUAACCUUUUUAAAUUAUUGACAUUCCACCAUCUGAUACAAGCACAUGCACUCUAAAUUUAGCCCAAGACUGGGGUCAUCUUCCUAAUUCACUUCUAGAUUCAUGUGUAAAGCCUCCCCUCUUCUCUUCUAGGCACCUAUUUCAAUGACUGCUUUUGACCAGAACAGAUAGGUCUUAGGUUGGGUUUACGUCAUACAGUAUUUCAGCAGUAUGUCAAUACCCUGUCAAAAAAGUAUGCUGACAAAUAGCAUGGCAUACUGGAAGUGGGCCCACUAUAGACCAAACAUAAUAAACAAGUGACUAGGUUUGUACCAUUUUUAAACUGAUCUUAGUCAUUUUUUGACUAUGUCUAUUUAAUUAAACUCAUUGGACCUGCUGCAGUGGUAUGAGUCAGGAGAUCUAAUGCUGUAUAGCCGCAGCUACAAGAUAGACCACUAUUCCCAAACGCGGUCCUCAAGCACCCCCAACAGGUCAUGUUUUCUGGAUUUCCUUAAUCUUUCACAGGUGAUAUAACUGUGGUGAUGCCUGAUUCCCUGACCAGAAUUAUAUCACCUGUGAAAGACUAAGGAAAUCCAGAAAACAAGAUCUGUUGGGGGUGCUUGAGGACCGCAUUUGGGAAACACUGAGAUAAACCAUGUCUCCUAACAGAAAAACAAAAACACUGCAGAAGAUGCUCUCAGGACUUUUAAGCCUCUGGCAGCAGAAAUAGUCCCUGUUGUCAUCUGAUCUAUAGUUAAAACAUGUAAGAUUUCAUGGGGAAAAUGUUAUUGUAAUAUGUUAGUUUUCUUUAUUGCAAAAUAGGGAACUCAUCAUCCUAUGAUAAACCUUCUAGCUCCUUACUCAUAUAUGGAGAAGAGUUAUACACUGUAUUGGUUGCUAUCAUCAACCUGUAAAACAAAAAAAUCAAAACCCACCUAAAAAUUUAGACCACUUUCUACAACAACCUUUUGUGAAUUUUGUUACUUUUUGUGCAUUUUCUUUUUUUUACAUUUGAGCAGAUAGGUUACCAGUGUAAAAAAAAUAAAUAAAAACUUCCUCAAGAGGAUUCCAUUUACCAUGUAGCACUAUUAUUGGAUAAAUGAAAUAUGGAAAUAGUUUGUAAAACGUCAGUGUUUGUAACCGUGUGAGGAUACGGAUAUUUAUGCAGCUGCAUGGGAUGAGCGGGGCGGAGGGUUUUGUACUGUAAAUUUACUGUUUAAUUGUUUAUUGUCCUCUUCUCAUAUUUUUUGUACAUGAACAAAGAGGGUGUUUUUCUGAGCCUUUAACACUUUAUAAAAUGGAAAUAUCUGCAAACCGUUCAUCACGUAGACUGCUAACUAUGAAAUAGAUGAUGAGACGGUUUCUAUUUUACAAUGGCUGUUUCUUAAAUCUUAGGUGAGCACUCAGUCUUGUAAGAAAUAUUUUACCUAAAAUGAGCACUUUUUUCUAUUCAAGUUGGUUUGGAUUUUGUGGAUUUAAUUGUACAUUUUUAAUGAUUAACAAUAAAAAUUAACCUGAAACAC